AUGACGACAGUAAGUAGUGGAUUGUUGGAAGAAUGGAUGAAGAAGACUGCGCAGGCGGCGCAGCUAGUACAGAGUGCCGGGGGGGGGACGAAGGAAAUUACGGACAAAAUGAAGAAAGAUCUCUUGGAUGCGUGGAACAAAUUAGAGCAGUCCCUGUCACAGGCGGAAGCGCUGGAAAUGACGGGCAUCUGUGGAGAUGAUGUAACGAAGGUUCUGGAGGGGAAUGACUCCUUUAAUAAUGAAUAUUUAAAAGAUUUAUGUAAGGGAGUAGUCGAACUGAGGUAUUUUACGGCGGGCGUGGGAACGACAACGGGGAAGAAACUAAAAUUCGAAACAUCCAUCGAACCACAUGAAUGGUACCCACGUUGUGUUGUUGGGGCUGUCGCAUUGAACGAACUAUACGGGGAUCACUGUCAUCUGGAGAAAGUCGUAAGUAAAAUAUCAUCUGAGGUGGAAGGGAGGUUAAGGGCGCACAACGGGGUUGCCCAGAACUUGGGAAAAUGUGAGAACGUUAGCCCCGUGCAUUUAAUGCUCGGUAAAUCCAUUCUAGGCAGUAAAAUCAGAGAUUGGGCACAGGGAAAAAGGAAUGACGGGGUGAGUGGGGAUACGAAGAGAUAUGAUGCGUCAGGCUAUAGGGUAGGGAAAUUGUGGAAGAAUAGGUGGCAAAGGGUCUGUAAAAAACCGGAAGAGAAUAGGAAUGAGGAAGAAGCCAAAAAAAAAUAUUUAAAGGAAAAUGCAGACAGUUUAGCAUCUUUCGUUAAGGUGGGCCCGCAGAACACCACGUCCACUCCUGGCCUACCAACCAUGGCGCAAGUAUUAACUGACGGCAGUUACACCAUGGAGAAAGACCAACUGAAUUCAGUACUGUCAGUAUUAGUGAACGAGACUACUGGUGCAGUGGACACUUCAAAUCUGACGACACUAAUGCAGACCUUAGAGACGAUAUCGAAGGAAAAGAAAGCUGUUGCAUGUAUCCAACAGAACAAAGAUGAUGCCAAAAUGUGUGAUCGCUUAACAUGCAUUGUUAACUACUUAAAGACAAGAGAUGAAGCAGCAGCGGCAGCUAAUGCUGCGUCAGCAGUACAAGGAACAGGAGCAGGAACAGGACAGACGCCUACUGAAGACUUUUGGAACAACAAGGUAAAGGCGCUGUGGACAGAACUGUCCACAGCAAUGACGAAGGAUGGAAUCGAAGAAGGUCCAUGUGCUAAGAUAGGAGGAAGUGGCACUGAGAGGGAUGCAUCUCCUUCUGAAAAGGCGGCAUGCAAGUAUUUGCAUGCCGGCUUUAAAGAACUGUACAAGGAGAUGACGUCGUCGACGGCAGUCGACGACGUCUUAAAGACCAACCCAUCGUUUAGACAAACGAUGGGUUGUUUUUUACUUCACGCUUAUGCAAAACAUAUGAAAGAAAAAGCAACUUGUCUCAUUGAUGAUGGUAUACAAAAAGCAUUUGAUUCAUGGCAGAAUCCGGGGACUAAACCUGGAACAUCUUGCCAUAAUAGCAAUGGCAAGGAACAUUGUGUUCCUUGCCAUUGGGACAAAGACGACAAGUGGAAGGAUUGCAAAAUUACCACAAGUGGAAGCUCUGGUUCAGAUGGAAAGGUUGAGAAAAAAUUGGAAGGCAUCGUCAAGGAGAACGAUGGCGCUGUGACGGCAGCUGCAAAAGAAAUGAAUGAUGUGAAGGACUUAUGUAAACACUUCCAAUGUAUAUCUGAGAGGUGGCUGAAGGAGGAAAAAAAUAAAAGCGGACCCCUGGAAGCAACCGACUGGGAGGAUGUGUGGGGCGAAGUCAAAUCUGAACUCACCCAACUUGCGAAUGCCACAUCUAAAGAUAAGAAGGAAGGUCUGAAGCAGUACUGUGUCCUCACGAAGCAUUCAGAUGGAAGGGAAAAAGAUAAGGAUGCUUGCAUCCUUAUAGCAGCAGGAUUAAAAAACCUCUACGAAACUACUGGUACGGACGUUGAAAAAUCAUUCAGAAGGACGAUGAAAUGUGUUCUACUAAAUGCCAUAGCAGACAAAAUGCAGAACGAUAUACCAUGUAAAGAGGAAAAGAAUACAGAGGAAGGAGUAGAACAUGCUUUUAGCAAGAGUAUUAAUGAUCAAAUUAAGAAGGCCAGUAAGUGUAAUGGUGAUGAUAAAUGUUUUAUAUGUCCCAGGGUUACGAACUAUGAUAAUUGCAGAAUUAAAACAGAUGGGGGUAGCGAAGAAAAGUUAAUGGACAAAAUUAACCCGAAGGUGGAUGAUGAAUAUAAUAGCACCACUACUAGUAGUUCCUUAUCGAAGUCUUCUCUAACCAAGACCAUAUGUAAACCGUGCGAAUACGAGGACUUAUGUGAACAGCUCAAGUGUAUUGCUCCCAAGUGGAGCAGGAAUAGGAGUGGUCAGUCCACCAGUGGAAUGAUUACGGAUGCCAAGUGGAUUUUCGGGGGACUCCUAGAUCGCAUGAAAAAUGAGAAAAAGGAGGAGGAUGCUGCCAAAUACUGCACCACAGAUAAGGAAGGCAGGACCUGGAGCAAUAGCGACGCCCAUGACGUCGCAAACAGGACCGCCUGCGAGUUGGUCGCAGGCGGUUUACUGCGCAUAUCGGAAAUUCACGAUAAUUAUAGCACGGACAGCGGUAAGGAGAACUAUAACCCUUACGAUAACCAAGAGUACAAACAAUUGGCUACUUGUUUUAUGUUAAACGCUGUUGCAAGAAGAAUGAAAGAACAUAGCCCCAUUUGUGAUAUACAACCAGGAAUAGAUGCCGCUUUUGCAAAAGCAGAAACCAUUAAGAACGACUAUUGCAACAAUGGUAAACCUUGCUUCGUUUGCAAAUUGGACGACAAGUACGAUGCAUGCACCAUUAGCAAAGACAAAACCAAUGUCAAAGUAAAGGACAAAUUGGAAGAAGUACUCACGCAUAAUGACCACAAAGACAACUUCAACAGCACUCUCAAGAAAAUAACUGAGAUAGCUGGGAACAAUGGCACCUUAUGCAAAAGAUUACAAUGUUUAUCAUCAAAAGUAGAUGCACUAGCACAGCAGGCGCAGGGAUCAGGAAAGAACAGUGCGCAGAACUUUUGGAAUAAAGGUGGCGAAGUAGAAGAACUGUGGAAUGAAUUGGCAACUGAAAUGAAGAAUAAAGGCGCAAUGGAUCAGAAUGGAUGUGAUAAAAUGGAUGAUGCCAGUACCGGUGGCACUGGCAGAACUCCCACCGACCCAGAAAAGAGGGCAUGCAACCAUCUUUCAGCAGGUUUUAACAAACUAAAGGGUCCAGCUUCCAACGGCAGUGUCUACACCAUCUUGAAUGACAAGAACAACCCACUGUUGAGACAAACAGUGGGUUGUUUCCUUCUUAAGAAAUAUGCAAAACAACUGCAAACCAACUCUAAAUGUGUUAUAACUUCCGGUUUAAAGAAGGCUUUUGACACUGCUGCCAAAGAUUCAAAUGUAUUACAAUGCAAAUGGGAUGACAACUAUGACAACUGCAACAUUACCUCAACUGGCAACACGCAAACUCCAGUAACGAACAAAUUAGAACACGUUCAGGACAAAAUUAAGACCGCCGCAGAAGACAACCUAAAGAAAAUAAAUCACAUGGAUAAGUUAUGCGAUUACAUUAAAUGUGCCGCACCCAAGUGGUUCGAAAGAGAAAACGGGACUAAUGGUACUCCCACGAAGACUUGGUGUGACUUUUGGGAUAAAGGCGUCCAACCAACAUUGCAAGCGAUGUUCGACAACAUCUCUCAGAAUGGAAAUGACACAUCAAGCACAUACACUAUUGCCACAUGCAAAGGCUUUGGUGAUGGUAAUGAACAGAGUGUUGAAAGAAAAGCUUGCAAUCACAUCGCGGCUGGUUUAAAAUACAUUACGGAUAUUAAGCCCAGUGCUACUGCCAAUCAGAACCCGAAUGAUGAUGAUAAGUUCUUUAAACAAACUAUGAUGUGCGCAGCACUUAACCUUUACGCAACUAAAAUAAGAGAUGAGUCCCAAAAGAAAUGUCCCAUUGAUGAAACAAAAAUAAGUAAAAUGUUCGAUCACUGGAAUGUAAUUAAUAAUAUUUCGCCUUCAUCUUCCUGUUCGAAUGGAAUUUACGGUUGUUUUAGAUGUGAUAGGGAUGAAAAAAUUUUGGGAAGUUGCCACCUGAGCGUCUCAGACGCUCUGGUGGAAAACAAAACAAAUGUAACUUGCAAUAAUGACGCAACUAACGUGAAGACUAAAUUGGGGGAGUUCCUCAACGAAGACCAAUCCCCAUCCAAAUCCAUCUCCCAAGUGAAGGAAACAUUAUCCGAAAUCAAUAAAAUGACUACUUUCUGUUCUGAACUCCAAUGCGCAGCAAGGAAAUGGAACUUGACAAAAAACAGUAAAGGAACAGCACCAUCAUGGAGUGACAUAGAAAGUGUCGUUGAUGAGCAAUUAAAGAAACUUCUAGAAGAUAUUACGAAUGAUAAGAAAUGGGAUUCCUUUGCCAAAUACUGUAACUUCAAUUCGAAAGACGACACACCAGGAGAAAAAAAGGCAAAGCAAAAAGCUUGUAAGCUUUUUGCUUUAGGUUUAGAACAUAUUUCUAAACUUAAGGACGACCAAAACCAGAAUGCUGUACCACUUAAACAAACUAUGAUGUGCGCAGCACUUAAUCUUUAUGCUGAUCAAUUAAUAGAAAAAGCAGAAAAUCAAUGUCCCUUAGAUAAUGAAAAAUUGACGGUGGCAAUAGAACACGCCUUUAAGAAUAGCAAUGCCAUUAUGGGGAAUGGAACACAUUCUUCAUGCCCAUCUGGUACUAAUGGUUCUAAUUCUUGCUUUGAAUGCAAGAGGUACGAAAAAAAAGAUUUUCACAAUUGCCAAAUUGGCAGCAAAACCACUGACAAAGUAAAGGACAAUAUGGACAAACUCCUCAACAGCGAAGACCAAUCCAACCCCAACAGCAAUAAGGAAAAAACACUAGAAAAAAUAAAUAAAAUAGAAACUUUCUGUACUCAAGUCCAAUGUGCCAUCAAACAAAAACUUAGAAGGCAAAAGAAACUUUCAAAUGGAAUACCAUCCUGGGAUACCUUGAGCACUGAAAUCGAGGCGGAAUUAAAAGAACUUCUAGGACAUAUGUCACAGGGAAAUAAGCAGAAAGAAGUUGAACAAUACUGCAAAGAUAACGAAGUUAAAUGGAAUGCAAUGGGCCAUAAAGAAAAACAUACAAAUAAAGCAGCUUGUUUGCUUUUUGCUUCAGGAUUGCAGCACAUUUAUACUCAUGAUAAUGGCCGUGUUAACGGCCGUGUUAACGGCCGUGUUGACGGCCGUGUUAAGGGCCCAUCGUUUGAACAAACGAUGGGUUGUUUAUUUCUUAAAGAGUAUGCAAAACAAUUGCAAAAAAUGGCAGAAGAGAAGAGAAAAGGGAAUAGUUGGGUACAUCCCCAUUGUAGCAUAAAGGAUGGUAUAACAUAUGCUUUUAGCAGAAGUGAAGACAUUAUGAAUGCACCAUCUCAAUGCAACAAUAAAGUUCCUAAUUCUUGUUUUGUGUGUAAAUUGGAUGAUAAGAACGAUUAUAAAGAUUGCUCCAUUGGCAAUGACAAAGUACCGGACAAAGUGGAACCACUGUUCAAAGACCAAUCGAAACAAAACCAAAUGCAAGAAACAUUAGAGAAUACAGUCUGUCCCAUCCUUAUUACGGAUCUCCUUACCCCUUUUCUUCCUUUGGCUCCUGUCUCUAUUGGCCUUUCUGCUAUGGCUUAUUACCUUUGGAAGUAUUUUGGUCCUCUUGGUAAAGGAGGACCACGUCUCAGAAGAUCUCCUGCUGAUAUUCCUGGUCCAUCCGUACAGGAACAAGUCCUCCAUCAUGUGGAAGAAGCUGGUCCACAUGAAUAUCAAUUGGUGAAGGAACGAAAACCUCGUUCUGCUCCAACUAGAACGAAACGUUCUGGUCCCGUGAAUCGUCGAACGAUUAUUGAAAUUCAUUUUGAAGUGUUGGAUGAAUGUCAAAAAGGGGACUCACAAUUGAACCAAAAGGAUUUUAUGGAACUUUUGGUUCAAGAGUUCAUGGGAAGCGAAUUUAUGGAAGAAGAAGAACAGGUUCCUAAGGAAGGUGUUCCAAUGGAAGGGGUUCCUAUGGAAAGUAUUCCUUUGGAGCAGGUUCCAAUGGAACGUGUUCCCAGUUUAGGUUCCGUGUUUAUGGUUUAG